UCCACCGGGCAUGGCUCUGACCUGCCCAAGAAUGCCAGCUUAGCAUGCCGUGGCAGCGGCAGGAGCUGGAUGUGCGUUUUUCUUAGGCUAAUGUUCAUCGAACACUGGUCAUUUUACAAAUUAAAACAUAUCGACGUGUCGGCGUCUAGUCCGACCAGAGGGAGAGACGUCACCCCCGAUGGCGUUCGCCGCGAACCCACUGUCUCUGAGCGUUCCGGAGGCCGCCUUCGAGACGUGGCUCCGCGACACCGGCUACCUCGAAAUCCUCGACGAGCGCACCACCGCUCCCUCCUCUUCCUCCUCCUCCUCGGACCUCCUCCGCUCCCGAAUCAACGCCCCCGCCACCGCCACCGCCACCGCCACUGCCGCGUCCUGGACCAGCACCUUCUUCCGAACCCUCUUCUCCCUCCUCACGCUCAACCCCUUCGCGAAGCUGACCCCCGAUGAUUUCUCCGGCGGGACCCCCUCCUGGACCGUCGAGUUCAUUGGCGGCGCCGAGUCCUACUCGUGGCCCGCCGGGCCCUCCCAGGCCCGGAUGAGAGUGCAGGAGAACGUUCGACGAUAUGCCCGGAACUACGCCUUCCUUUCCCUUCUCUUCUUCGCCUGCUCCUUGUUGUUCCCUUCUUCCCUUUUCUUGAAAUUUCGAUCGAUUUGCUGUUUUCUCUACCAGCUUCUUGGGCUUUGUAACCGUUUCUUGUUCGACAGGUACCGGAUGCCGAUUUCGCUCCUCGGUUUGCUUGCAAGUUUGGGUCUUUGGGAGAUGGUGAGGUUCUGCAGUGAUAAGUGGGAGCUGGAGCAGCGGUACCCGGGUUUGAGGCACGCCUUUGUUCGAAUUGCACAGUUUGCUACAGCAGUGGUACUUUAUCUGUGCAAUCUUCAGUUGGCUGUCAUUUGGGCCCUCAGUGUCAGUUAUGCAGUGAUGAUAAUGCAUGCUUCCCUGCGGAAGUUAACUCCUUUCAAGCAAUCGGUUGGAGUAAAUCGGCACAAAAGAUUUCAGCAGAAAAGGCACAAUUAGCUGUCAAGUAAUUGUCAUCAUAGUAUGGAAUUAGGUCCAUGCAGUUUUGUCAGUCAUCAGAGAAUGGGAGUUCUCAACAUACGGAACAGCGUAGCUGCAAAAUUAUGUCGGACUUUGGCCAAAUUGUUGGAUUUUGUCAGAGCCUGCAGCUCAAUGAAUCUUCAUGGCUCCAACAUCAAAGGAUGAAUAUGUAUUAUGAUUCCAAAAGAUUGCAGUCUUCUUCUUUGUUUGUAAAUGAUGCUCUUGUUGCAUAACAGAAAGAAUAGUGAUGUGACCUCAAUUUGACAAAUCCCAGCGACAGAAUUAGUGCCAAAAAAGUAUGCAACUAAAAAAAGAAAUGAUCUAUAGUGCAUAUCUA